AUGGAAGUAUUGACGGACGUUGGAACUAUAAAAUUCGACAUCGAAAUUGCCUUGGAUGAGCAGUAUGGAGCUUUACCGUUGCCGUUUGCCGGCAUGGACAAGUCCAUCGCAGCGGUAUGUCAAUUUUAUCCCCGGGGUACUUGUACCAAGGGUCCAUCGUGCCCUUUCAGACACGUAAGAGGUGACAGAACUAUUGUGUGCAAGCAUUGGCUCAGAGGGUUGUGUAAAAAGGGUGACCAGUGCGAGUUUCUUCACGAAUACGACAUGUCAAAAAUGCCUGAGUGUUAUUUUUAUUCAAGAUUCAAUGCUUGUCACAAUAAGGAAUGUCCGUUUUUACACAUUGAUCCUGAGACAAAAGUACGUGACUGUCCUUGGUAUGACCGAGGUUUUUGUAGACAUGGUCCUCAAUGUCGUCAUCGACAUGUUAGGAGAGUUUUAUGCAUGGCAUAUUUGGCUGGUUUCUGUCCAGAAGGAUCUACUUGUAAAUUUAUGCACCCAAGAUUUGAAUUACCGGCUCUGCAAGACUUAGCGCCAAAAGAAGGAAAAAAAGUAAUGAUCACUUGUCACUUCUGCGGCGAAAGUGGCCACAAAGCCAUUUAUUGUAACAAAAUGCCGCAAGAAGUUAGAGAUACGCAGAUGAGGCAAGAGGAAGGUGGGCCUCCACCGCAUUUUAUGAAUAUGCACAAUGGACCUCCUCCACGUGGACCUCAAAAACCUCUGGAAGAAGUUACUUGUUACAAGUGUGGGACCAAAGGUCAUUAUGCAAAUAAAUGCCCUAAAGGACAUCUGGCUUUCCUCAGUCAUGCGAAUACCGCAGGAGGACCUCCAAAUGAAAAUGCCGGCUACAGAAGAUAA